CCCCACACACCCCACCAGGCACUUGUGCGAGUCUUAUUCUGGAACCGGAAGGGUGAACCCCAGGAAGAAGCAGGUCCCGCUCCCAGGGACGCGCUCCCUGUCCCACCUGCCCUCUGUCUGACAGCGGCCCCGGCGUGUGCACCUGGAGAGGCGCCAGGAGGGGCCGGCUGCUUGGGGCAGGGGGAGAACCAGGGCGGACCCAGGACCCUGAGGCCUCGCGUCCUGCUGGCCACGCGGACUCAGCACCUCCUGCCUGUCCCACGAUGCUCCUCUGGGCCCUGCUGCUCACACUCACCUCCCAGGGCGCUGGGGCAGGAGAGCCUCCAGAGCUGCAGGCCCAGGGGCUGACGGGGGCCCCAGGGCGGGCUGUGGGUGAAGGCGCUGAGGCCCAGCGGCCAUGUGAGAAUGGCACCUGGGACCACCCCGUCUGCACGAAGGGCGUGUCGGUGACCAGGGGGGCGCCCACAGAGAUGACCUGCAACAGCUCCAACCCCAUCCGCAAAGUCAUGGUCUGCCUGCGGGCGCCCGGCAGGGAGGGCUGCCAGCCCAUCUUCACCCAGGCCACCCCGGGGUGCUCUUCCCGGGGCGGUUGGCGGCUCUGUGUGCGGGGAUGCUCAGCGAAGAUGAUGACAGAGGGAGCCCAGGACAGCCAGGCUGGGAAGUACAGCUGGAUUCUCCUGGGGCGCCAGACAGAGCUAAAAUCCAUCACCCUGAACGUUUCAGAGCCUUCAGAGCUGCCCUCCACGCCCCCCUGGGGGACUCAGGACCCCCUCCCGGCCCAGGACCCCCUCCCGGCCCAGGACCUGCGCUCGGCCCAGGACCCCCUCCCGGCCCAGGACCCGCCCCGGGGGAGGCUGCACGUGGCCCUCAUCCUGGUCCCCAUGCUGCUCUGCAUCCUGGCACUGGGAGGCCUGCAGUUCUGGCGCAGGAGCCGUGGGCGCCCCUCGCACGUUGAAUUCCUGUAGGUGAGGAGGCGGUGCCCAUGCAGAGGGUGAGCAGGCCCGCCUGGCCCUGGAAUCCAGCCCCUGAAGCCACCCCCCCCCCCCCAGGCUGCUGACCCCCCAGCAGCAGAGCCUCCUUGCGCCCCUGCCCCCAUCUGGUGGGCGGAUGCCUGAGGUGCCCAGGGAGGCAGGGCCCGUCCGUCGACUGGCAGGAGACCUGGCCGUGCGCAGGGGCCUUCAGCGAGGGAGCUCCGUGCCCCACCCAGGAUGGUCCCUCUGGAGAGCAGGCCUGCGGGUCACUCACAGCAGAGCCGGGGCCAGCCCUGCUCCUCCCUCCCUCUCGGCUCCUCCCCCGCCAUAGAAAGUGUAAACACCUCAAGCUCCAAAGCCCUUGCCCUCAGGGGACCAGCCCCUCCUGCACCCGCUUCCCGGGCGGGGGAGGGGGCUCCUGGGGACCAGCUGUGCCUCCAGCACACUCCGGGCUGGUCUGCAGUUGA